AUGAAGUGCACUUUCCGCUCGGUUAUGAUUGGCGACAGCGCGGUCGGAAAAACAUCAAUAGUUAACAGAUUUUUAAGAAAUAGCUUUGAUCAAUCCGAACCAAGUACAGUUGGAGCUUUAUAUGAGUCACAUAAUGAAACAAGAAACGGAAAACCAAUAGAACUUCAAAUUUGGGAUACAGCUGGCCAAGAACAAUACAGGAGCCUCGGUCCAAUCUAUUUCAGAAGCUCUGCGGGCGCAAUCUUAGUUUUUGAUAUAACAAACCAAAAAUCAUUCGACAGUUUAGAUGAAUGGCUCAAUUUCUAUAGAAAUGCAGGCUGCGAAAAUACAAUUGUUAUGAUCGUUGGAAAUAAAAAUGACCUUGCUGAACAAAGGGUUAUAACAACUGAACAAGGUCAGGCUUGGGCACAAGCACAUGGAUGCACAUAUAUUGAAACCUCAGCUUUGCAAGGUUAUGGCAUUAAAAACUUAUUCAAGACAUUUAUUGAUCAACUCUUAGCUCAAUUCGAAGAAGAGCAUGAAAAGAGACAAUCGAAGAUGCCGAAGAGUGCCACAGGCCUUCCUCCACCUGCAAAAGAACAAAAAUCCGGUUGUUGCUAA